AUGAAAAUGGAGGGAGAAAGUUCCCCAUUGAAGAGAAAUUUGACCGAGUGGAGAUUCAGUCAAUACCCGAAAUAUAUUUUGUUACCGAUUGAUGAAAAUCAUGACCAAAUUAGAUCCAAUAUAAAGAACGUCGUUUUUUCUGAGGUUACUCCUCGGCCGUUGGAACGUAACAUACGACUGGUGUGCGCUUCUCAAGAUGCCCUGACUAAUAUAUUGGACAUGGAUCCCGACAUGGCUAACCGCGAGGAAUUCGCCGAGUUUAUCGCUGGAAGGAAGCUGCCAUAUGGAGCGCUUCCUGUUGCGCAUAGAUACGGUGGGCAUCAAUACGGACUGUGGGUAGGUCAGCUCGGUGAUGGCAGAGCUCAUAUUCUCGGAGAAUAUGUUAACAGACGUGGCGAAAGAUGGCAGGUCCAGCUAAAGGGUUCAGGACAAACGCCAUACGCGCGUGUUCAUGAUGGCCGUGCAGUCUUACGGUCUGCCAUCAGGGAGAUGAUCGCUAGUGAGGCCUGUUACUUCUUGGGCAUACCCACUACCAGGGCUGUGGGACUUGUUGUGAGCGACGAGGCAAUAGUAAGAGAUGUGUACUACAACGGAUGUCCCCGCAGAGAGCGAGCAGCUGUCGUGCUGCGUCUGUCUCCCAACUGGUUCCGCUUCGGCUCCUUGGAGAUCUUAUCUAGGACCGGGGAGAUCGCUGUGUUGCGGCAACUCUCUGAUUUUAUUAUAAAAGAAUACUUCCCAGACAUUCAGCUGACUGAUGAGAAUCGAUUUAUUAGAAUGUUUUCAGAAAUCGCUCAUAAAACUUUGGAUCUAGUCGCGAAGUGGCAAGGUUUAGGAUUCACGCACGGGCUUCUGAAUACAGACAAUAUGAGUCUUCUGGGCCUAACAGUGGACUUUGGUCCCUUCGGCUUUGUAGACUCAUACGAUGGUGGUUUUGUUGCCAAUUGCUCUGAUGGAGAAGGAAGAUAUGCUCUGGCAAAGCAACCUGACGUGGUGGUAUGGAAUAUUGGGCAACUUGCAAAUGCCCUCAAGCCCCUCUUGACUUCGUCCCAACAAGUUCACAUGUCGCAUAUUCUGAAAACCUUGGAUACUUAUUGCAAAAAUAAAAUACUGGAAACAUUCCUAAUGAAGGUAGGUCUGAAAGAAGAACGUUGGGGCGAUGAGCAGCUGGUAGAGAAGCUAUUAGACAUGAUGCAGCAAACCGGCGCAGAUUUCACAGCCACCUUUAGACAACUGGCUGAAUUGGAACCUUGUGAGAUGGUAAGCGAGAUAAAGUUGGCGGAGAAGUGGUCGUUGAAGCGUCUAUCUUCGCACGCGUCGUGGGGAUGUUGGUUGGAUCAGUAUCGCGAGAGACUUGACAAGGAGGCUGGUGUUUUACCAGUGAACAGCCGUGAUUGUGGUGUAACGGCGGUAGACGCGAGUUCUAGUGGCUUGUUUGAGGACGAGCGGCGUAGGCGCAUGUUGAGCGUGAACCCAGUCUACGUGCCCAGAAACUGGCUGCUGCAUGAAGCUAUUAUUGAUGCUGAACAGGACGAUUAUCAGAAGGUACGUUUUCUCCUUGAUGUUCUUAAGAAUCCGUUCGAAGUGCAGCCCGAGGCAGAAAAGCGCGGGUUUUCGGCACAGCCACCACAGUGGGCGUACGCUCUUAAGAUUAGCUGCUCCAGUUAA